CUAUUUAUCAUAAGAGCAAUUCAAGAGAAGUCUUAUCUGAACACCUGUUAAUUGCCCAGCCUUGUACAUAGGGAGUAACUAUUGCAAUGAGAUUACUUUGUAGUUAACAACAGUAAUUUAUUAAAAUUAACAACCUCUGUUGUGGAACCAUGUUGACAUAUUCUGGUAUCUUAUUAUUAGUAUUGUCUGGGAUUUCUUUGGUGGCAGGCAAACGUCUUCUAUGUUACUAUACCAACUGGUCUCAGUAUAGAUUUGGUCAAGGUAAAUUCACAGCCGACAAUGUUGAUCCAUAUUUGUGUACCCAUGUGGUAUAUGCAUAUGCGAAAUUGAACGGAAACCAGCUCGCAAAAAUUGAACUGAAUGAUGAACAGUACUACCUAAAACUGAAUUAUUUGAAGAGCAGAAAUCCAAAUCUGAAAGUUUUGCUGGCAGUCGGCGGAUGGAGUGUUGGAUCGAAACCUUUCACUGAAGUUUCUUCACAUAGUUCAAACAGAAGAGAAUUUGCACAUAAUGCGAUCCAAUUUCUACGCCUAUUCAAGUUUGAUGGCCUAGACUUCCAUUGGAUGUACCCGACAUCGAAAGGUAGUCCUGCAGGAGAUAAAUACGAAUUCGCUGAGCUUAUUGCGGAAACAAGAAAAGCAUUUGAAUUUGAAGCAACAACUACUGGGAAAGCUCGCCUUCUGUUAUCAGCUGCUGUAGCUUCCGAUAAAAAUAUCAUAGAUUCGGCCUAUGAUUUUCCUAUACUUAGCGCAAACUUGGAUUUUAUCACAGUGCUGACUUAUGACUUUCAUGGUGCCUGGGAGAAGAAAACGGGUCAUAAUUCCCCUUUGUUUCAACAAUUCGGUGAGAAACCUCCAGAGUCCUAUUCAAAUGUGCAAUUUGCUGCUAGGUACUGGACUUCCAAGGGUAUCCCAGCAAGUAAAUUAAACAUAGGCAUUCCUACGUUUGGACGUGGUUUUACGCUUGCACACAGAAUGGUCACCGGUCCGUCUGCCCCAGCAGUUGGUCCGUCUCCAGCUGGAAUUUAUACGAGAGAGCCUGGCUAUCUUGCUUAUUAUGAGGUGUGCAAACUGAUACAGUAUGGCGGCCAUGUAUACAGAAUGGCCGAUGCACAAGUCCCGUACGUCGUUAACGGAAACCAAUGGGUUGGUUAUGAUGAUAUACAAAGUGUUAUAAACAAGGCUAAUUAUGUUCAAAUCAGUGGUUAUGGCGGCGUAGGAGUGUGGACAUUGGCCUUAGAUGAUUUUUCUGGAUCGUGUGGAACUGGAAAAUACCCUCUGAUAAACGCUAUCAAAACUGCCUUCAGAAACUAAGAUCCCAAGGAAUAUUACAGUUGUGUGUUCCAUUCACUCUUCAUGUUAUUUAAAAUAAAAAAGGAUUUCUUUCAAAAAUAAAAUAUGAUAUUAAAUCA